AUGCCAAGUUCAUCGUCUUCAUCGUCCACCCAAGGCAGACUCCCACUUGGAUCCGAAAAGGCUGCUGCUGCCGUGAGCACAUGGGUUGUCUUCAAGUUGCUUGCAUUUACUAUUGCCAUGUUUGCUCUACCGAUCGGCACCUAUUAUGCAACACUCGAACGUAUCUUCAACGGAAAUGGAACCUAUGCAGCAGGAGCAGCGGCAGCCAUGGUUAAUGUAGUGGCACUUGCAUACAUCAUGGCAGCAUCACUCGAGGAUAAAUCUGAAAAACCAAAGAAGGAAUAA